AUAAAUCUUAACUGAUUGUUCACAUAGUUUAUUUGGAGUGCCGAGUGACCAUAGCAAAAACUGUGCGCGUAUGUGUUUCUGUCAUACCUCCAGUACAGCUUUAACUAUACGACCGUUCGCCAAGAAGAAUGCGAGAUGACUUAGGGACACUUACCUGGAGGAGGAGCAGGUGGUGGCUGGUGCUGCGCACACUUUAAAUUCCUCUCAGACAACAUGGCUUGAAAAUACACCACUCCUGCUCGAUUUAUCACAGUUUGUCAGUAAUAGUAAGAGCCACUAAUAUUUCUAAAGCUUUGAAAAAAAAACUACACAGCUCAGAGAAAGAAGAAAGUAACCAAGACUGAUGACGAUAUGGAUUCUAUGGAAAGUGUGGUUACCACCGCAAAUAUUACGGACUUGGAACAAAACCAAUCCAAUACAGAUACGUCCAAAUAUAUUGCAUACAGCAGUAUAUUCAUGCCAACGGUAUUUGGCAUUAUCUGGUUGCUGGGCAUAAUAGGGAACGUGAUAGUCAUCUUCACCGUGUUCAGUAAGUCAAAGUUCAGGUAUAGAAGCAGCGUCCCCGACAUAUUCAUCGUUAAUUUAUCGGUUGUGGACCUGCUUUUCCUGCUAGGGAUGCCUUUCCUUAUUCACCAGCUGCUGGGGAACGGAGUUUGGCACUUCGGAGAGACUGUGUGCACGAUCAUUACAGCCCUAGACACCAACAGUCAGUUUACCAGUACCUACAUCCUGACUGCAAUGACACUUGACAGGUACCUAGCGACUGUCUAUCCCCUCACCUCUGUGCGGUUCAGAACACCUUCUGUUGCAGUUCUAAUAAUCUGCAUCCUCUGGGUCAUAUCGUUCCUUAGCAUCACUCCCGUUUGGAUGUACGCCCGGCUGAUUCCUUUGCCCGGUGGCGUGUUAGGUUGCGGGAUUCGCUUGCCGAACCCGGCGACAGAUAUCUACUGGUAUACGUUAUAUCAGUUUUUCAUCGCCUUUGCCAUACCUUUCACGCUUAUCUCAGUGGCUUACUGGAGGAUUUUGCUCAGAAUGACCUCCUCGGAGGCUCUAACCACGCAGAGAAGUGCCAGGAUAAAGACUAAAAAGGUGACCAGGAUCGCAAUCACUAUCUGCUUAGCUUUCUUCUGUUGUUGGGCUCCCUUCUAUGUGUUGCAGUUGAUUCAGCUGGCAGUAGAUCAGCCGACACUGUCAUUCUAUUACGCAUAUAGAGUUGCUAUCAGCCUGGGCUACGCGAACAGUUGCCUGAACCCGUUUAUUUACAUUGUGCUGUGUGAAACCUUUAGGAGGAGAUUCAUAGUCUCGGUCAGACCCGCUGAAGACGUACAAAGCCCUGCCAGGAGCCGACGGAAUCGCAGGAAAACGGAUCACCAUUCUGAGCAACAGCACUUACAGUUGGUUUCGGUUCCCGGAAGAUAGACUGUCGGAUUGCAGUGGUCUUCUCUCGAAGAUUUCAGCACAUUUUGUUUUCAUGAAAGAAAAUCAGCACUUGACCAUUGUAAAAACCUGUCUUAACCUAUGCAAUGUGUUCGGGUCAAGAUGGGUAUUAAAAUGUAUAGAUGUGUUGUGGUUAGUUCAUACGAGUAGUAGUCAAGUUUUUCGUCUGCCUGUGUUUAUUUAUUUUAAAAUUUAGAAAAUAGGUGGUUAGGAAUAGAAAAUUGUGAUAUUAGAAAUCAUUUGGAAAUUCAAUUUCGAGUAUAUAUAACCGUUCUCAAUGACAGCGUAACUAGAAUCAGCACCUUGGACAGUGUCUAUUUCAGGCAUCCAUGGAACAUUAAACGCACAUUAAAAUUGUUUUAAUCAUUCGUGAAUGAAUGAAUGAAAUAUAAUAAUAAACGAAUACAAAAACGUACAAAUACAAAUGGAAUGAUCAGAUUUAAUGUGGUUGUCUUAUUUGUUUUCAUGCAGUUGACCAUUGUCUUAAUAUUCUGUUGCAAAUUAUUGUGGUGUUUCAUUUUAGUAAAUGUUGUUGUAUUGUUUAUGUUGUAUCCAGUUUGCUAUUGAACAUAUUGAAAACGUUGAGUAUUGUAUAGUUGUUGAAUGACAGGCUUCUGUAAAUAUGGACAGGGGACCCUUGCAAACCACAAUUCAACAUUUCUAGUGUUUAAUGUUUUACAUUAUGUUUUAAAAUUGAAAAAAAAAAAUACCACUGCGAACCAAAAUGUACUGCGAUAUGGUAUGAAUAUGAAUAUAUGGUCAAAUAAAUGUAUGUUUUUUUUUCUUUGGAAAAGCAUGUUACUGUUAAA